GGAUACCAAAGAGGAGAAACAAAGGUGAUGGUGUGGUGACCACUUCGAAAACUCUUGAACCCACCGCCGCCUGCAACUCGUCCAGAAAUACCACCAGCAGCCCAGCCACAGAACUAUCAGUGAACACAAAUCCUCCGACAAAAGCAGAUGUCCUGAAUGCCAUAAAGUUGCUGGAAGCCGGUAAAGCAGCAGGACCAGUGGGAAUCUCUCCGGGUGCACUGAAAAUAGAUUCAGAGACAACAGCGGAUAUGCUCACACCACUACUGCAGAGGGUUUGGAAGGAAGGAAAGUUACCUGCAGAUUGGAAGAAGGGCCAUCCUGUCAAGCUUCCGAAGAAGGCCGACCUAAGCCUUUGCAAGAACUGGAGUGCCGCUGUCCACCCCCAGCAAAGUAUGAAGCCGCAUCAUCCUGAUGCGCUGGCUCCAAAACUUCGACCGCAACAGGCUGGCCGGCUUCAGGGCCAAACCGCAACGCUACGCUACGCAUCAUCAUAGAACCGAGCAUGGAAUAGAGAUCAACUUUUCACCUUACUUUGAAAAGGCCUUCGAUCGAGGCGUCGACCGUGAAGUAAUUUGGCAGUUGCUUCAACACUACGGGAUGCUCCUAGUCUUUAUCAACCUUAUUCAACAGGAAUUACACUCUCAUCCUUUGGUGUCACGUUUUGGUCUGGCCGCUUCGAGCCUUUUUCCAGCCUGAACCUACUUCGGCCAACUUUGUGUGACAAGACAAUCGGUGACUAGGCAUACGUAACACGUGUUCCAGCCAUCUCAGUCAAUGAAGGUUUACAACCGUGUCAACUAACUUACCUUUACAGCUGUUAAGUGCUGGCGGGUUUCCAGCAAAAGUAUAAAAACAUCAAUAUGGUUAGUCUGAUGUUCAGACCAUAGAGAGCGAAGUCGUAUUUCCCAUUGUAUUAGGUCCUGAACAUUCACAACAUUGCUUACACUCUGACCGGACCACUAAUACUAGGUUUGCUAGGAUUAAGUGUAAAGCGAUCAAGCCAUUGACUCUCGAAUCCGUAUUCAUGAGUAGGGUCGCACUAACGAUACGUGGUAAACUAUUAAUAUUUCCUGCUCGGCCGAAAAUCUGAAUGCCAAAUGUCCGUUUCUCCCGACCAUCUAUAAGUGUCUAGAUUUUACUGAGUCCUGCAACAGAACCCAUAUAAAACUGUUUCAGCACGGCUGGCCCAGCUAUCAGCACACUGUUAUCGUAGUACCUGGAUUUGUCAUCAGACCAGAAGUCUACGCUGACUCCAACUGUGUAAUCAUAUUUCCCUAGGUACCACUUCAAGUUCGCGAGCAGAUGUGAACUUGAUUUACACUAUUUUUAAGUGCAUAAGUUCACUCGUUCUGUAUACCUGCGAUCUUUUCAUUCUCCACUUUAGCGUGACUCACCGCUCACCAGAUAAAAUCAGUCCUCGGAACUAUCCUGCGGCAAUACACAAGUGAUGACAGUUACAUCAAGUCUGUCUGAUAAUGCGCAACUCAGAAUGCCUUGGUGGCAAUACUAUUGUACUCUCAGGGAACAUCAAUCGACGACUAGUUUUAUUUCCGUUCUCGGGUUUGUAAAUUGUCCAGUAUGUGGAAAUCACUUAGACAAUAUCAAGUUCUUCAAACACAUCCUCUCACACUUGUUGGUAAACGAAAUUGCCCAAGGUUCGUUGAUGUCUUUCGAAUUCUGUACAGAAUGUCUUUCCACACCAGUUGACACAACCAUGGAGUUCCACAACAGAGUACAUCGUCAUGUAGAGCAGCACAACCCUUUAAAAUUAAUGGAUGGUGUUCCUGUGUGUCCUAUAUGUGAAAACUGCUUUACAUCGGUCAUGAAGUUUGCUGCACACCUAUAUGAAAGACAUGUUCAUUUAGACUCGCCAUAUGUUUGCACAAUAUGCUAUGGAUUUAGAUCAUCGUACUAUUGCGAACUGAUUUCCCACCUUCACAACUGCCACAAAAAGACAAAUCAUAUUUUCUGUCCAUAUUGCCUAAAACACUUUGAACUACCUGUUAUUGGACGCAUAGAUUCAGACCUACACACAUUUGAUGCGCAUACUUUUUACGUACAUGUUCAGCAACACUGGGAGCAAACUACAUAUCGAUGUGAUUCCUGUCGCCUGGACUUUACACACCAAAGAGACCUCAAGUGGCAUGAAUACCUGCAUCACUCUGGACACCCGUUAGCAAAGCCUCCCAGUGUGAACGAUAUGAGUGAGCCGUUACCCAAUUCACCGAAGGGACAAUUAUCUAUAUGUUAUUCAAGUCAACUUUUAGCACACACACCCCGUAUGAAUCUAAAAUGCUUGGAAUGUGGAGAACGUGUCCGCCAUCCUGCACAUAAACAUUUCAGUUUAACAUUGCACUGCACUAGUUGCGCGUACUCAACUUCAUGUAUCACUGCAGUUGACUGGCACUGGAACAAAGUUCACUGUGCGCCACCUAUCAAGCAAAGUUCCGAUCACCAUGAGACGAAAUCCUGGCAAACUUGCGUUGUUACAUCUUCAAAUAAACCUGCGACAAUGCCUACUUACUCUCCCAGUUACUUCUCUUAUAGUUGUGGCAAUGCCUCAACCACCCAAAUAAGAGGACCAAAAAGCAAACACGCCAACCCUGGUCUUUUCGACGAGGGGCUGAUACGGUGUAACUGCGGCUUCCGUACAAUAGUCUACGACCAAAUGGCCCGUCAUCUAGCAGCCGAAGGCGGAGCGCACUGCUUCGCGAAAUUUGUUUAUGGACCUCGGGUAACCCUGUUUUCUAUUCGCAAUCGUCCGGGGAAAUCCUUGCGCACCUCUUUGUGGUGGCGCCAAAGGCUGGGUCAAACACCCUACACUUUAAGCUCAGUUGGACUAUUUCAGUAAACGUCGAAAUAGAUUGUCAUACGCUUUUAUUUUCCUACCAAAAUAAACCCGCGUCUCGAUUAU